UAUCGAGCAAGCGCCGUGAAAGGUUCGAUGACGCUAUUAUUGGUAGAUUCCGCGUGGCCGCGCCGCCCAAAAAUAGGAUAAAACAGGUCUGCAGGUCGCAAUUGGUGGCGCAAAAGUAUAGUUAUAUAAGACAAGGUCCCUACCACAGAAAGCGAGUUAAACAUCCAUGACUCUCCGUCUCUACAAAAUAUACCCUUGCUUAAACAAACAAGACACGAAAGAAGAAUACUCAGACUAUAUGACAAACCUGUCAUCCCAACAUAAUUACCCAUUGGAUUCUACCGUCAUGGAGUCUUACCCAACAUCCAAAACCUACUCCUCAAUGGAUUCCUGCCGUAUUACCGUUACAGCACCUGCAACAACGAUGGCAUCGACAACUAUGCCGACGGCAGCUACUUUUAGCAGUGUUGUUGAUGGUAAUGCUGGAAAGGAAAGAGGGAAAAAGGAGCUUCAUGUGAUAAAAGAUCCCACGACAACAACAAUGAAGUUCAAGCCAGCAGAAAUACUGCCGAAACAGCCAAGUGCGGAGGAUAAAAAAAUGCGCUUAGACAGCCACUAUUAUAAUCCAAUGAACGAACCACGACCGACGUCAAGUUUCCCAAUGCUUCCCCCUCCUAUCCCUUCUUCUCCUGAAUCAGAAUCAUCCUUGUACUCCUCUUCAACAUCAUCGUCUUCAACAUCAUCACCUUCAACAUCAUCAGUAUCAUCAUCUUCAUCGAUCUUGGAAAAGAAACAAUGGCCAGAAUACCAAACCGACAAGUUUUCCAGGCAGCACAAUCAACGGUUUAACGUACUGCGACGUAUCAGGACGACCCCUGUUUCAGCGCUAGCAUCAUCACCAGUCGCCAGUCAGUGCACAAAAUGCGACCAGUACUUUACACGGCACCGGGAUAUGCAACGGCAUAUCAAAUCUGUGCAUCAGGAGAAGCAGUACCAGUGUUCCUGUGAUUGUAAAUUCACUCGCCUCGACUCGCUUAAACGACACCAAAGAAAAAAGGCUUGCAACAAUCUCCGUUUAUUAUCAUUAUCAUCAUCAUCGUCGUCGCCAUUAAAGUCUAGUAGUACUCAUAUCGUGAAUAUGCCACGGACACCUUGAAACGCGUGAAGUUGCUUGCAUUUCUUUAAAUGGAUGCAUGAUCUUUUCUAAUCGCGUCUGCUACAUUGUCGGUAGCAUUAUGCUAUGAAUUUACUAUAUGAUGUCAGUGUAUAUCUAACUCGCCUAUCCAUCCAUCCCUUCCCCAAAACAAUUAAAUGUACAUACAAUCAUGUAAUAUGAUGGACUACAGUAAAAGAAUCAGAGCCUGCUCUGUUUGAAUCGCCAUACGGAAAAUUCCAAAUUCAAUAGUAGGCGGAGAGCCCUCUUUCCGACUCUUAUUACUUAUUGCUAACACGUAACUUAUAUAUACACACACACACACACCAUGUU